CCUUUUAGUUCUCCUAACUAUUCGUCUGCCCGGGGCACAUCUCUACAUAAAAUCGGAUUUAUUGCGACGACAUCGUCUACGUCUUCUUUGUAAUCCAGCUCUUAUAGUCGUGCCCGUCAUUGCCCUUCUCUCUUCUCCACGUCUUGCGCAAAACACUCACCGUCCAUCACCACGAUUUUGGCUGUCUCCUCGAAAAUCACUCAACUCAGUCAUAAUAUCUAAUUUUCUAGCUUUGGCCUGCCAAGAUGUCGUUGUCUGCACAGGAAAAUCCGGCCUACCCGAGGACAUCGUCAGGAAAGACUCCUCCACCGGCACCGUCUGCUGCAUAUGCUAAAAGAGCGAGGGAGCUUCAAGCAGAAGCUACUGCUGCAAGGUAUAGGCCACCUCAGUUAAGGGCGAUGGCUUCCACCGGUUCGCCGUCCAAUGAUCUGCCGCCUUCCGCAAAUGCCGCGACAGAGUCUUCUCCGCUGCCACCGACCAAUUACCCUCAGGGUCACAGGAGAGCAAGGGCUGGUACCCUACCCUCCAAUGUCCAGCUUGCUGCUCAACGAUUUGCAGCUGCCUCUGAGACACUUCAGAACCUUCCAAGCUCCACAGAUUCUUUCUUGGACACCUAUGGCCAGCAGCCGGCGACAGCAAGUGCUUCGAGCAUGGCAUCCGCAAGGCCUGCUCUACGUCAUUCUGCAUCGAUUGCAUCCUCAGCUGUAACGUCUGCUAUCACAGAACGUAACAGCCGCUUGAGAUCCGGGUCUCUGAACCUACCCGGUGCAACAGGCCUGUCUAACGUGUUUGGAGGAAGUUCCAUCUUUUCCACGUCUUGGCUGUCAAAUAAUCGCAAUGGAUCUAAUUUACCUGGCUUGGACGAGUUACGAUCGGUGACGUCUAUGGACUCUGCGGAUGAUUUUGAUGUUCACACUCUGGACUAUCUUGGCCUGGAUGAUAAUCUACGUCCUCCACCGGCAGCAACGCUUACCGAACUUCGUACGCAGGCACAAGCUGCUAUUGCUGGUAAUCUUGCAAAUCCUCCUCGGCAUCGAGCGAGUACUGUUUCGGGUCCAUAUCGUUUGAGGCCUGCUGCAGCAAGCUCCUCGCUUUUAGCUACACCAAGUGCUGAUGACGAAGAAGCAGUGCUCAUGGAGGCCUACAAUAGUGGAUACGGCCAACAGCCGGUGGAUAAUUAUGACAAUGGAAUGUCUUCGGAUUACUAUUCGUCUCAAUAUGUUGCGAAGGGAUUUAAGCAAGGUCAGCACCUCGGAAUAACGAGUGCCAGUGCCCGCCCUCGUGCUAUUUCCGUAGGAGUGCUUGAGGAUCCGUCCCGUUCACUUCAACGCGGUUUGCCAACAUCGGAUUCUCAGCAAAGCCUUUAUUCCAGUGGUCUUCUGGGUGACCAGAACUCGCUUGCUGGCAGCCUCGCACUGGCCGCCGGUAGCUCGACAAUGAGUAAAGUCAGUCCGAAUGCGACAUCGGCCAAUAGGUAUGCUGCGGGUGUUGACACGCCGGCUGGACGUGUGAAUACCUAUCUUGCUGCGCCUCCACUGCAAGGGCGGUCUCUCUCUCCGAAAACGGAAAAUGCCCAAACACAGCAGACGCAAACUCCAACGCGUUCGUUGUGGAUCGGCAAUCUCGAUAGUUCCGUCACAAGCGAGCAACUUAUCCAUGUUUUUGCCCCUUACGGCGCGAUUGAGAGCUUGAGGCUGCUGCCCGAAAAGGAGUGCGGAUUCGUAAACUUUGUCGAUCAAGAAGAUGCCAUACGGGCCAAAGAUGAUGUCCUGAACCGUCUUGGUGGCCAGAUUGGCAUGCCGAAUGGAGCGGCUGUACGCAUCGGAUUUGGCAAAGCUGAGAGCGCCCCUGUCGCCCCUGCUAAGGGCGCCUCUGGUCCAGGUACAACCGCUGCUCCUACUGGCCCAACGAAGAGUUCGAGUGGAAAUGGCGCGAAUAAUAUGGCUGGGAUUGAGUCUCAGCUCCAGUCGACACCAACUCGUGCGCUGUGGAUUGGUUCUAUUCCUUCCACGACAACACCUGCGACCAUCUUGAGUGUCUUUAGUCCUUACGGACCAAUCGAGUCUGCGAGGGUUUUGACGCAUAAGAACUGCGGCUUCAUAAACUUUGAGCGCUUGGAUGAUGCAGUCCGUGCCCGCAAAGCUCUCAAUGGGCGUGACGUCCUCGGAAGUGAUGUGGGUGCUAUCCGCAUCGGGUUUGCUAAGGUACCAGUCAAGAAUGGCAGCGAGGGCGCUAAUGACGGCGAAACAUCCGCCGCACCCGCGAAUACCAGUGUUCAGGGUGUGGGCGAUUUGAGUGUAGGCGCUACUAUUCAUGCACUCCGUAGCAUCAAAGGCGCUUCAACGAUCCCUGCCGAUCAGCAGGUUAUCGGUGGAGCAGUUGAGAACUAUCGUUCUAACCUUCUACUCAGCAUGGUUGGUUCUGGCAUGCACACAAGCAUUCCAUCUAGUGACGGUGCAGCGAAGCCAGCUGGAUGGGUGCCUUCAGUAACCGAACAACAGAUGGUCAUGAAGUUGUUGAGUGAAGGUAGCCCUGAUGCUGAGGCUGAUAUCUUGGCACUAGCUGAUUUCCGCCCUCCGACCAUGUAUUACACGACCAUUCCACUCGUUUCUGAGCGUCCAAAUAACAGACGCUGGGACGCUUCGAAGCUUCGAGAGCUGCGUAAACGAUUGGAUUCUGGAACCCUGCCCGUUGAGGAGAUUGAUCAAGUAGCUGCCGAUUUCUUGGACGAAAUCGUCGACCUUGCCACCGAUUGGCUUGGCAAUGUCGUUGUACAAAAAUUAUUCGAAAAGUGCUCUUCGGUACCUAAGUUCGCUAUGCUAGAGCGGUUAGCACCGCAUCUCGCAAUGAUCGGGAUUCACAAAAAUGGAACAUGGGCCGCCCAGAAGAUUAUAGAAUGCGUUCAGACGCCUGAAGAGAUGUCUCUUGUUGCACAAAAUUUACGGCCGUUUGCGCCGCCCUUGCUUCUCGAUCAGUUCGGGAACUAUGUCGUUCAAUGUUGUCUUCGCUUUGGUUCUCCAGGAAAUGACUUCAUCUUUGAUGCUAUGAUUGACCGACUUUGGGAGGUCGCUCAAGGUCGCUUCGGUGCUCGUAGCAUGCGCGCGUGUUUGGAGAGCAAUCUAGUGACCGUUAGUCAGCAACGUCGUGUCGCAACAGCCAUAAUACUCAAUUCGAUCCCACUUGCGACAAACCCGAAUGGAGCUCUUCUUCUCACUUGGCUUCUGGAUACAUCUGGAUUCCCGUCACGUUACAGGUUGCUUGCACCUCGGUUUACCCCGCAUCUCUCGCACUUGUGCACGCACAAGUUGGCGUCGCUAACGGUUCUUCGCAUCGUCAACCAGAAGGUUGAACAGGAUGCCUCAAUUCAGAUUGUCGAUUCGCUUUUCUUCUCACCCGGCGACCACGUCCUCACCGAUGUUCUCGGGGAUCAAGUCAAUGGCGUUGCUGUUGUGCACAAGAUCCUCACCAGUCCGUUCAUCGACCCAGCAAAGCGACCGGCAUAUCUUGACGCGACGAAGCGUGUCCUGAUCGAACUCAAGGUCAUCGCGACUCAGGCGUAUCGCCGGCUUAUUGAAGAAGUUGGGCUGCCUGUCUCCAACUUUGCAGCUAAUUAUGCGGCAGGGAUGAAUCAGGCCCCAGGCGUGAAGAAAUCAUCGUCCCAGGGCAGCUACUACGGCAGUCCAACCAAUGAUCAGAAUCUCGCGUCCAUGAUGGCUGCUCUACAGAUGGGCGGUCAGUCCCACAUGACACCUCAGCAUGGAGCAUCUCAGCCCCAACUUCAGAUCGAUCCGACGUACGGGCAGAGCCCGACUCAAGGUCCCGGUCUAGCUACUAAUGGGCGAGGACCUCGGACGGCAAACGCUUCUCCGGGAACUUUCUCUCCAGCAGGUGGUGAUUCUUUUAAUCCUUUCGCACCCACUUCUCCUGCCAUAGAUCAAAAUGCUGCUCGUCAAGGCGUACGUCGCAAUGGGAAUGCCCCAGUUAUGCAGGCACCCCAACCUUCGAUGUCGCCGGCGCCAAUGCCAAUGCAGUACGCUACACAAACUCCAAAUCUUGGCCAACCGGGAGGCAUGAUGGGUGUGCCAGCUCCGUACGGCGUUCCUCAGCAACAAGUACCACCACAAGUUUAUCAGGCCUACAUGUAUCAAAUGUAUCAACAACAAGGCUCACCGAAUAUUGGUGCAUACCAGGCUUGAAAAGGAUAGGGCGUGUACACAGGUAUUAUGGAACAGCAAUAAAAUGUCUUUUUCUUUCCUAUGAAUUUUUUUCCCCUCUUUCUGCUUCAUGACAUUUAUGACAAGAUCGAUCAAAGCACUUCCACGCGCCCCCUCAAAAAUUCGUCUUGCACUGGGACCCUUGCUGUUCUACUCUUUUACUUCGUUGAAUUAUGUGAUACCCUCUCGCAAUACCCUUGCCUUUCCUUUCUGCACCACUCAUUUGAUAUGACUUAAGGAUCAGCAUGGGACUUUGCUCUUCAAGCGUCAGCUCGCUGGGGAUGCCUAAAUAUUGUCCUUCCGCAUUCUUCUUCCUCUCUGU